AAGCAUUGGCACCAGGACUGUGGAGGUGGAAAUAUUCAUUAGACAGGCGACUCUGUGUGUCUGAUAUGAUCCGCCUGAGGUCUGCGAGGGAAGACGAAAAAUUAUCGGGAACAUGACGUCCUCCGAACAAUGGGGGGCAUUCCUCCAUCAAUGUCUCAUGCGUCGGAUAGAUGCCGCCGAGUUCAAGACUCUAUCGAAAAUACUAUUUCGGAGAUGCCCUAUCGCUGAGGGUACUCUCCUUGACGUAUUGCUGGAAAUACGCCUGGCAACCGGAAUCAAAUGGGAUCCGCUUCUCCCCCUUUACAUAGACUGUCUCUGCAAGAUGGGCAAGGUCCAGACCUCCACGGUACUGACUUCACUUUUGAAAUACUCAUCUAUACAUGACAAGCCACAAUCUCCUGGCUCUGAAACUGUUCAGAACAGGAAGGCCCUAAAGUGCUAUACCUUGAUGACGGAUAUCAGAGUUAUACAGGAUGCUAUGCUCUCCGUCUCCACCGGUAGCACUCCAAAGUCACUUGCCGAAGCUGUCAGCAUUUUUUCAGCUAUUAUAGACUGGAUUCAGGCCAUCGUAGCCUGGCAUAAUAAUCAUAUAGAUCCCAGUCAACAGUCAGGCGGGUUGAUGAGCUCCCCAGAUGCGGUGUCGUUGUUCGAGUCGCUAGGAAUCCUUCUUACAGCUCUGUCCGGGACUGGAAAGGGGAUUGAGGUCCUUUCUAGCGACUCCCACGAAGCGCUAAAGGUCAAAUUGGGACAGGCUCUUUCAGCAUAUCUUCCGCUUUGUAUGGAAGUUUCGCUUCCGCUUCGCAAUAGAUUGGACAGCUUACAGAAAGGAUUCAAUCUGUAUGGAGAGCCGCCAAACAAGUCAUUGCAGUCUAUGAUGGACAAUGUGAAUGUGAAUGCACUUCAAUUCGAGGCAUCUGUUAUGGAUGGGCCUGUCAUAAAUUCGAGAGCUGGUCUCUACAUAUAUAUAAAUGCAAUGCUUGUGGGCCGUCCUUUGGUAGACGACAGCAUGUUACUCAACUAUCUCACUAAUCGAUAUGGGGGACACUAUGACGUGCUGGUUGAAGAGGUUAUAACUGCUACAUUUGAUGUUCUGUCGAACGCUUUGUAUCGCAACGAAUCUAGUCGAACAAUGUUCUUGUUCCGUUCAUUCUUGGUAAACAAGCUUCCAUCCUUUUUCGCAGCCAUGUUGGCAGCAUCAAUGGUCUCACUGCCAAUGGAAAUGUGCAUCAGCCACGCUCUGAGCCGUCUGGACCCAAAUACGUUCCCAUCUUUCUCUCAGAUGUUCGCAAUGCAAGGCAGUACCGUCCUGUCCGAAGUGCGACCGGAGUUCCUAUUCUCCUGUGCCUCACAUAAAUUGAUCCCUGAGUCCAGCAUUGAGCGCCUGUUAGGUGAAAAUCCUAUGCAAACGCCCCCUGUUGGGUAUAACAAAGACGACCUCGUGUCGCAAAUCAAUACCAACCAGGAACGUGCAGAGCAAUUGGUCAGCGAACUUGAGUCCACAGAAGGCAAUGCGGGCGCUAUUGUCGCGGCCAUCACAGAGGUUAUGCAUAACCUUUGCAAUCAGAAAGAGACAAUGACCUUAAAAAGUAUUUGCAAUUCGCUUUCAAGGCGCCCUCAGGCUCUUGAUGUGAUUCUCUUAUUCCGUAGUACAAAGCAGGUACUGCAACCACUUUGCACUUUGUUGGAUUCCUGGCACUGGGACGAGGACCAGGGAGAGAGCCAGCCUGUCUACGAUGAAUUCGGUAGCAUUCUGCUACUUGUAUUAACCUUCAAAUACCGAUAUGACCUACGGCCCUAUGAUCUCGGAAUCACGAGCAACGACUCUUUUAUUUUGAAAUUACUGGAUUGCGGACCUUCCAGCCAAAAGUUGGAUGAUCUGAGCGAGAAGCAAAAUAAGAACCUUGGUGCUUGGAUUACGGCGCUUUUUAUAGCUGAGGGAAUCAGCGAAGAGACCAUGUCAUCCUGCAGCCCGCAAGAGUUCUAUCUUCUUGUGACCACCCUAUUUAACCAAAGCCUCACGGCGUGUGAAGCGGGGAAACUGGAGUUCGACACUCUGAAGGGGGGGUUUGAAUAUCUGCUUGAGCCUUUCCUGCUCCCGUCACUAGUCGUCGCUCUGACCUGGCUGGGCAACCAUAUCUGGGAGACCGAGAGUGACCCCACAAUUCCGUUGAAGACCUUGCAGUCUCUAGUCAAUCCCAGCUCCAUAUCUGGAGAUGCGAGAGAAAUCCACAAGACGGUACUGAACAUCACCGCACGCUCGCUGGAUGAGCAACUCAAGGAUAUCCGGUCUCGCCAUCCGAACCGGGCGGAUAUUAAACCUAUUCUGGAUGUGCUUGAACCCUGUCUGUCCUUCCAGCGGACAGGUAGCUGUCACCGGUCAGAGCUCGACAGCUGGACCACUCACUCACCUGGGGGCUUACUUGGUAGUAUCCGAAGCACCUUUCAAGGGCUUGUACUUUGGAGCACAAGCCCCGGUGUAAGCAUGGCACCACAUUCCUACACGCAUCGGCAGCUUGUGGCCGGCAUCCGAAUGCUUGGGUCUACACGCGUACUCACCGCUAUUGUCGAUGAGUUAAAGAUGCAGACCGAAGCAGGCAAUGCUGACCUUGCCCUUGAUAUCGCAGUGACCAUGAUCUGCGCGUCAUUAGCCGAGUCUUUUGCCAUAGAACAAAGCAAUUACCAUCCCGUGGAUCCCAACAAGGAACCGCUUCCACGAUGCCCGGUACUCACCCUUCGCGAUGCACUCAAUUUGCAGCAUGAAAACGUACCAAAGCUAUCGGAGAAGGACCCAUUGCGCGCCGAGGUUAUUGUACGUCUGCAUCGUCGGGUGAAUGCCCUAAUGACACCGACGUCGCAGAUGCCCAACCUGGACAUGAGCAAUAUCAUCCAGGAUAUGCAAUUAGGGGUUGAAGAUCACGGCCAGAUGGAUCUCGAGCCAGCAGGCGCCGGGCACGGCGUCGGAGAUGAUGACGCCGCCAAUCUGAACCGCAUGCUGGACAACGCGGCAGCCGCAGCCGCAGCCGGGCUAGACAGCGGGAUGGGACAGGGGAUGGGUGGGGGGCUUGAUACGAGCAUUGACGAUGUCUUGAAUGCAGCCGACAUGGCAGUUGGGAACCCAGAGUUCCUCGAUCUCGACAUGGAGGGCAUGUUCUGA